CAUUAAAUGUCUUUUACCAUUACCGGGCACGGGUAAAGCCUACUCAUCUUCAGCCCGCUGCGGUCAUUUUUGGAGCGCACUGCCAUGAGUAACACGGACAAAAAAGAAGAACAAAGCGAUUUAUUCGCCGGUUUCCGCACGGCUUAUAAAUCCUUUGCAACAGAUGCCAUACACGUCGGUCAGGAGCCGGAGCAAUGGAAAUCUAUGGCUGUAGUACCGCCGAUUUCCCUUUCUACCACGUUCAAGCAGUACUCUCCAGGAAAGCACGCUGGGUUCGAGUACAGCCGGAGUGGAAACCCUACCAGAAACUGCCUUGAAAAAGCCGUAGCUUCACUGGACGGAGCAAAGUACUGCCUUGCUCUCGCUUCAGGACUGGCGGCCACGGUGACGGUCACUCACAUGCUCAAGGCAGGCGAUGGAAUCGUCAGCAUGGAUGACGUGUACGGAGGCACAAACCGUUACUUUCAAAGAAUCGCAGCUGAAUUCGGCCUGGAUGUGUCUUUUGCUGACUGCACAAAACCACAAUUGCUCAAGGCUGCCUUGAAGCCAAAUACUAAGCUGGUGUGGAUUGAAACACCCACCAACCCCAUGAUGAAGGUGGUGGACAUCAAGGCCUGCUCCGACUUGGUCCACGAGCACAACAAAGACAUAGUGGUGGUCGUGGACAACACCUUCAUGUCGGCCUAUUUCCAGCGCCCCUUGGCUUUGGGAGCUGAUAUCUGCAUGUACUCAGCCACCAAAUACAUGAAUGGGCACAGCGAUGUGGUGAUGGGACUCCUCUCCAUGAACAGGGAGGAUCUGUACGGGCGACUGAAGUUCCUGCAAAAUGCACUGGGUAGUGUGCCGUCUCCUUUUGACUGUUACCUGUGUAACCGUGGAUUGAAGACCCUUCACCUGAGAAUGGAGCGGCACUUUAAGAACACCCUGGCUGUUGCCAAGUUUCUGGAGGCUGAUCCGAGGGUGGAGCGCGUCCUCUACCCAGGCCUGCCGUCUCACCCCCAGUACGAAGUGAUGAAGAGACAGUGUACUGGGUGUCCAGGGAUGAUUGCCUUCGACAUUAAAGGGAAACUUGAGCAUGCUACUACCUUCCUCAAUAACCUCAAAAUGUUUGCGAUUGCAGAAAGCCUUGGUGGAUACGAAAGUUUAGCAGAACACCCGGCGAUUAUGACCCAUGCAUCGGUGCCAGAAAAUGAGAGGAAUGUGCUGGGCAUCAGCGACACCCUGAUCCGGCUCUCCGUUGGCCUGGAAGACGAAGCCGACAUCAUCGAAGACCUGGAUCAGGCACUGGCUGCUGCUCAUCCAAAGAAGUGAAAUGUCUUCAGAUGGCAUCCUUGAGGGUGGAGGAGUCAAAUUUGGGAUGGAAGACCCGAGUUUCCAACAUGUGGGACCUCAACUCAGUGACAUUCGCCUGUCAGGGAAGCUCGUUCUUGGGAGGGCUGACUUUUAGGCUGGUUUUACUUUGUUUUCAUGUUUGUUCUGUGCUUUGUUAUAAUUAGGAUUUUUCGAAGACAAAGUCCUGCUCAGUUAAAAUUGAUGAAGCACGAGUUACUGCUGGAACAAUGUCAAACAGACAUUUUUCUGAAUAACCUUGCUAUGAAACUGUGUCUUCAGGUUGAUUCCUGGUAUCAAUGUGCAGUUUUUUAGAUUACUUUAUAUGCACUUCCAACUCACAACGUAAGUCAUCCACCUCAGGGCACUUUAGGUGGCAAGGUAGAGACUUCACACGAUCAUCUGCAAUCUGAGGCUCAGCUGCCACCUACUGACCAAAUGUUAGAAGUGAUAGUGGCUCUCACAGUUUUGGACAGAUUUCUUUUUCCCAUGCAGAACAAUUGUUUUACUCAAACUAGAAGGUGAACAAAAAAUACUGCAUGUCCUUUUUGUUUGGCCAAAACUUUGAUAUAAAUAAACUGUCACUAAGAGAGGAGGCAGCUCCAGAUAUUUGCUAGUAAACGUGGGAGGGUUUGGUAUGCACAAGUGAAGAAGUUCCCAGCAGUGACUACAGUUGAGGUCUGUGUAGAAAUGGCUGAAUGUUGUUACAGGAACAUCUCGGAGAAUUAUGCUUGAUAAAGAGCUUUGUGUGUUUUUUAAACAAGAGGUUGAGACAUGUCAGAACUCUUUUGGGGUUUUAUCUGUGUGACAACACACACGCCAUUUGUGCAACCCACAGUACUCCCACAUCACAGCUCAUCAUUUACUGUAAUCGAAAAAAUCCAUUAAAAUCAGUCA